AUGGGACAGAAAUACUCUGUGGUUUUUGACAUUAGUAAGAACAAGCCAUUUGGAAAUGACAUAAGUUCCUAUAACGAUACCAAGGGUAACUCGGUGCGUCUCCUUAGGAAGGACCACUCUUCCUCUCGAGCUGGUGACAAAUUCCCUGGAUUCAAGAUCUACAUGCACAUGCUUCCCGAAGUAGGAGCGACCUACAGUUACUACCUCGAGGCAGUCUACUAUGGCAAUAACCUGCAAGAGGGCCUGGAUCAGGCUACCAUGAACAUUGCCAGAUACAUCGAGGUCUACUUCUGGGAAGCCGACUAUGACAACAUAUGUCCCCUGUUCCUUGACCUAGGUGAUCUUUUCCGGAAUCCCAGUCUAUAUAAUUCAUCUGGUAUACGUAGUGAUAAGUGGACUAAGCUCAAACCGCAGUCUUAUGACACCAUAAAAGAGGUCUUUGAAAACGCUGUGGUCAUCAACCUGCAAAAAACUAGUGGAAGCUACACUUCACAUCCGUCAAAAGAUAGCUUCAAGACUGGCAAUGAGCUUCAUGGAACAAAAUUUCCCACAAUGACGGUGAUGGGAGAGGAAGACCAACCCUGUCAAGGCUACAUCACCAUCACUCAGCACCUGGAGGAAGGAAAACCCAUGAACAUUCUCUCAACUUGGAGCAUUUACAAGAACAACUAUAUACGUUUCAAAGAAUCCAUAAUACAGAAUAGGUAUGAGAAUGCUAAGAUCUACUACAGUGCCUGCAAUAGUGCAUAUGCUAAUGGAGAACGUAAUGGAGACACUGACCUAAGGAACCCUCUCAUCCUGGAACUUGAGUGGGUGAAUGAUGGACAAGGCACCUCAGAAUUCUACACUAGAAACAAGGAUGACAGAUGGGAAAAAAGUUCAGGGAUAAGUGUGAAUAAUCUGACGGACUAUCUAGAUGAACAAAGCUGCAAGUACAAUAACAUCUUUGUAGUGGACAUCUCCAAGAAGACUGGAAACUACUCAUGUGGAUCAUACUGUAAGAGGCAUAAGACCGAUGUAUCAACAUAUGCCACUGGAAAUAUUUAUGGGUACAAGAAUAUACAACAUCUCCCCAGUGGAGGUCUUGGUUAUAAACUCGGUAGAAUCAAAAGAGGAGAGACUUCCCUGACACUGGAAGGACUGACAUUUCCGAUACCAAGAGUCUCUCAAGUGCUCGUCUACUAUCCAAAAUGUAAUCCAGCGGAGCCUAUUCUCCUCCGCAUCCACCAUGGAAACGCAGAAAGUGAGUGGUUUAAGAGAGUCUCCAUGAGUAGCAAUGAGUGGAAAAUAGUAAGUGAAGAAUACCUAAAGAAAGUAGGUCAUGUUGAUAACAGUGACAUUAAGAAGGUACUAGAUGACCUAGUUUGUAAACAAUACGGCAAUAUUACCAUGGAUCUUACCAAAGGCAUAUACGGAACAGGAAAGAAGUACUGUUGCCAUUACCAUACCAUUAUUGGUGCAGGAAGAGUCACUGUUGAAGAAAUUCCAGUUCGUUGUAAACUGCCGGAUCACGACCCAAGUCAUACCACAGCUUAUAAACAUUCCAUUUCUGAUUCUAGUCUGAAGCUUGCUGGUAUUAUAUUCUAUCUUAAUGAUGAUAUAACUAAAGAGAAUAGAAAGCGUAUAGCGCCAAGAACAUUGGGUCUUCCUAUAGAAGGUCCAGUACAUGUCUAUGCCUUCUAUUGUACACAGGAAGUUCCAGUACUAAUAUAUGUUGCUUCAUCUUCAAAGCCUAAUAUUGCCGGAUGGUACCAGAAACCUAAUGACAGUAGUACUAGUAGAGGUAAAGAUGAAGAGUGGACACCUGUUCCAAGUCUCCAAGGAAUAACACCAAAGGAUUUUAGUACUCUAAGCUGUGAUAACUGGAAUAAACUUAGAGAGGUACUAAAGAAAUUUAAAUGUGAAGGCUUGCAAGAAUGUCUUGGACAAAACGGAGUUCAACGUGAGGAAGUCCCAGCUGCUGAUUUAUCUGACCAGGUUCCAGAUACAGAGUCUGAUCAAGAAAAACAACUUGAAGCUUCUAAUACUCUUCAACCGGAUUACAAAAAUGUCAAAGUGGAUCCUGAUAAACCUGAACUAGACUAUUCCGAUCGACAUGAUUAUCAAGACAGUUUAGAAAAAAUUCUUGGAGUUAUCACUUGUGCUUGUUUGACCUCUGGUAUAGCCAUUUUUGCAGGAUGGAAACUUUAUAAACGCUAUAAAGGAGAUCCUUGGGUUAAACAGAUCUAA